AAUUUAAAAUUCCAAAAAAGAUGAAACAUUUACUUCAAAUACAAAAAAAAAAAAAAAAAAAAAAAAGGUAAGCAACAACAACAAAGAGAAAGAGGUCAUACAUACAUAAUAAACACAACCCACCUUCUCUUCUUCCUUUUCUCCUUCCCCAUUUUCACCUUCCAACCAUUUAUUAGAUUCCUUUCUGAAUGGACUUUUCUUUUCUCCACUCUGUUAUUCUCAGCUCAACAAAUACAGCAAACAAAAUCUCAAUCUUUUAAUUACUUCCUCACAAUUUUUUUGCUCUUUUCACUGUUUCUUUUGGGACUAAAUAUAGACUUUUCUUGAGUCUUGUUUGGUUCUUAAAAUUAUUUUGGGUGUUUUUUUUUGUAGAAAAAAACCUUGAAAUCAGUAACCCAUAUGUAUUUGCUAUAAAGGGAUUGAAGGGAAUAAUUAAAACUUCUAGAUAAUUAUAUAAUUACAAUAGUAUAAUUUUCUUUAAGCAAGAAAAGAACUUUUCUUGUUUUUUAAUAUUUCAGUUUUGUAAAAUUUUAUAAGGGAGAAAAAAAAAUUUAUUGGAGAGAUGGGAAAGCAAGGACCUUGCUAUCACUGUGGUGUUACAAGCACUCCUCUUUGGCGUAAUGGACCACCAGAGAAGCCAAUUCUUUGCAAUGCAUGUGGAUCUCGGUGGAGAACAAAAGGGACACUGGUAAACUAUACUCCUCUACAUGCAAGGGCUGAACCAGAUGACCUUGAAGAUCACAGGGUCUCAAGAUUCAAAACAUUUCCUGUAAAGAACAAAGAGGUGAAGAUACUGAAACGAAAGAAAAAUCAAGAUAAUCCUGAAAUUGGAAUUAUUCCUGAAUAUAAUCAGGGUUUCCACCGCAAGGCUCUAGAUGAAGAUACAAGCAAUAGGUCAAGUUCCGGUUCUGCCGUGUCAAACACUGAAAGCUGUGGACAAUUUGGUAGCGCUGAAGCAAGUGAUUUGACAGGCCCCGCCCAGUCAAAUAUAUGGGAUGCAACGGUGCCUUCAAGGAAGAGAACAUGUGUCAAUCGUCCAAAGCAAUCUUCAAUUGAAAAGCUUACCAAAGACCUGUAUACCAUCUUACAUGAACAACAAAGUUCAUACUUCUCUGGAUCUUCUGAAGAAGAUUUGCUUUUUGAAAGUGACAAGCCUAUGGUCUCUGUUGAAAUAGGACACGGAAGUGUGCUCAUUCGGCAUCCAAGUUCUAUAGGCAGAGAAGAAGAAUCAGAAGCCAGCUCUCUGUCGGUAGACAACAAGCAACUUUCUUCCAAUGAGGCUUAUUCACAAUUGACUACUCCACCUGUAAAUAUUAUUAAGGGAGUCAAUUCAUCAUACCUGGUAACUCAGAGAGCCAAGAAGCCUCCUGGUCAAGGACUGGAACACGACCAGAUUAAAAGGAAUAAGGAUCACCUUGAAAAAUUGCAGAUUCUUGGACAUCAUAAUUCGCCAUUGUGCCACAUAGACCUUAAGGAUGUACUUAAUUAUGAAGAAUUCACAAAGCUUCUGACAAGUGAUGAACAACAGCAACUACUAAAGUACUUGCCUCCUGUAGAUUCCUCUUCACCUCCCGAGAGUCUCAAGUGCAUGUUCGAGAGCUCUCAAUUUGAGGAGAAUCUGUCUUCCUUCCAGAAACUUCUUGCGGUGGGCGUUUUUGAUAACUCGUUGCCUGGAAUGACAGUAGAAGAAUGUAGAACCUUGAAGAGGUUUAUGUUGUGCUAUUUAAUGAAGUCUAAGUGGGUGGAACAAUUUAAGCUUAUUAAGGACAUGAAAUGUAAAAAUAGUAGCAGUAGUUCUGAAGUUGCAGGAGGCCGCAAUGUUAUUGGCUCAGCUCAUUCAGUGAACAUGAAGAGACCACGUGAGGGGCAGCAUCCAAAAUACUUAGGUGUAAACACAACAAUGAAGAGCCCCAAGAGGGUGGCGAUGAAAAACAGCUACGAACAGAAGGAAAUGAUAGAUAAUGAUGGCUCUUGCUUCAGUCCAAAGAGCCUUUUCGCAUUGCCAUCUGAGAAUUCCUUCCUUUUUACAAAUGAUAGUCCUGAUCAGGACUUGCUGCUGCAUGUGCCGUCCAACAGCUCCUUCCCUCAGGCUGAACUCUUCCUACCAACAGCAAGUUUUGCAGCUCAAGCAAGCACAAGUAGUAGCUCCAUAUACCCACACCAUGUCCAGCCCUAGAAACACUACCAUACUUGGCUUUCUGUCUGUAGUGUAUUUACAAGCUUAUUUGGCCAAAACCACAUUACUGUCUCUGCAUGUCCCAUACCAUAUAUUGAAAGUUCCUCAAAGGGAUUCAGAUGGUUGCCUUUUACCUUUCUGCCGGUAACCUAAUAUUAAAUGAAAUCUUGGAUUUAGCAGAUGGAUAUGUUUGUUUUGCCCCCUUUUUGUAUAGGUUGACAAAUUGUACAAUAUAGCUGAAAAUGCAGAAGUGGUGAUGUUUAGAGAUUUUUGUAUGAGCUAAAGUUUUUAACCUUAAAUUGAAGACACCCUUCUGUCUUUUGGUUUUGUUGA